AUGUAACCUCUUCCUCACGUGAUGCGCUGGGGAAUCCCUCGUUUGGCGGAGCCCCCAGUUCGACGCGAUGAUGUCGCCGCGCGAGGAUUGUGCGUGUGAACGUCGUGAGCGACCGCUGGGCGCUCGCGAUCCUGAGGCCAAUUCAGUCGGCGCCAUAUUGCGAACCACUGGGGAAAGAGAAAGAAAGUGAGUGAGCGCGGACCGGGAGGCGAAGGCAAAACUUUGGAGAGAAGCUGAGGGAGUCUAAGUCCGCUUCAAGCUGAAGCAAACUGCACCCAGUUUGACGCCUGGCAAACUCAAUGGUGAGCGAGGGAAGGCAGCAGGAGGCGGCUGUUGUCGUUUGUGGAAGUUAGAACAAGAUGGUGGACCGUUUAGCAAACAGUGAGGCAAAUGCUCGACGCAUUGGCAUGGUUGAAAGUUGUUUUGGAGCAGCUGGCCAACCUCUAACUAUUCCCGGUCGAGUACUUAUAGGCGAAGGUGUUCUUACAAAGCUUUGUCGAAAGAAGCCGAAAGCAAGGCAGUUUUUCUUGUUCAAUGACAUCCUUGUUUAUGGUAAUAUUGUCAUCCAAAAGAAAAAGUACAACAAACAGCAUAUAAUUCCAUUGGAGAAUGUUACAAUUGAUUCCAUCGAAGAUGACGGUGAGUUGCGUAAUGGCUGGCUUAUUAAGACACCGACCAAAUCUUUUGCUGUUUAUGCUGCUACUGCCACUGAGAAAUCUGAAUGGAUGAAUCAUAUUAACAAGUGUGUUACUGAUUUGUUAUCAAAAAGUGGGAAAGUACCCAGUAAUGAGCACGCUGCUGUUUGGGUGCCUGAUUCAGAGGCAAAUAUAUGCAUGCGUUGUCAGAAAGUCAAAUUCACACCAGUCAGUCGUCGACAUCAUUGCCGAAAAUGUGGAUUUGUUGUGUGUGGGCCUUGUUCAGAAAAACGGUUUCUUCUUCCCAGCCAAUCCUCCAAACCAGUACGUGUCUGCUCCUUCUGCUAUGAUCUGCUCUCUACUGGCCAGCUGACUGCAACUCUGCCAAAUCGUUCUGAGUUUUACCGUGGCUCCCUCCAGUCCCCUAGAAAUUUAUCAGAUGAAGAUGAUGAUGAAGACAGCAGUGAUUAAGAAGUGAAAUGUCAGCUUUGGUAUUUAAAUAAUUGGGGUAGAACUUCAAAUGAACUGCUUUUGAGGUGAAUUAACUUCACACAAAUGUCCUACGACAAUUAGCCAUAAAUUAUACCGACAAACCUUAAUACAAAAGUUGUGCCUGAAUGUUGGAUAUACUAAUGGUUUGUACUCUAUCUUUUGCUGAUACACAUGUUGGCUGAAAAAUAUAAUUCUUGACUGUAAUUUUUAGUUGAUUUACUUUCUGGCUGCACAAAAAUAAAUAAAUCUUGCUGCCUUCCAUUUA